GUGAGUUUUGCGCUAUUUAAGCUUUGAAUCGUUGCCUUGCAACUAAAAAUUGUUCUUUUCAGAACAACAUUUAGUGUGAAGUAGUGAAAAGUAUACAAAUGCCAAAUUUAUUUCAUUAAAUGAUUCAUUUGCUUAAAAGAAAAUGUGCAAAGUCUGGCAACAAUGCACAGCUCAAGACUGAUGAUGUGCAUCGGUUUUUGUUUUGGUGGGGCUACAUUAGCGGGCGAAGAUUCGUGUCGUGUUGGCGCGAAAAACAUCGUGUAUCGGGCAUACACGAUGUUCUUGUCUACAUUUAGCGGCGAAGAUUCAUAUAACGGACUGCGACGAUUAUUCGUUUGUGUGUUGUUUAGCCGUGCGGACGAAAAUAUGGAGGAAGCAGUAGCGUUGCAUUAUAUGUCAGUAAAUUAUUAUUAUUUAUUACACUUGUACGGGUAUCAGGUACAAAGUAAUAUGAAUAAGAGAAGAAGGAGGAGAUGGUAGAUGACUACUAUUCAUAGAAACCGAACGAUAACAGGAAUGGAACGUUUGUUAUCUGAGCUAACCGCAGAGUCCGGUAUAGAAUUCCCUGGAUUUUUACGUAUGUCGACAUCUGACUUUGAAAUACUACUACAAAAGCUCGCACCACUAAUCACCAAAAAAGAUACAAAAUUCAGAAAAGCAAUUCCUGCAAAAGUGCGAUUGGCAAUAUCAAUACGUUAUCUGGCGACAGGAGAUGAUUUUCGAAGCCUUCAUUAUCUUUUCAAAAUAUCUCAUCAACUCAUUUCCAAAAUAGUACAUGAAGUGUGUGCAAGUAUUUUGAUCGUUUUGAAAGACAAAGUUAUGAUGCCUUCAAACGAAGAAGAAUGGCUACAAAAAGAAACUGAGUUCCAUGAUAUCUUUCCACAUUGUAUUGGAAGCAUUGAUGGAAAACACGUGCAAAUUUUAUCACCCAUUCACAGUGGAACUGAAUUUUAUAAUUAUAAACAUACAUUUAGCAUUGUCCUCAUGGCUUUGGUAGAUAAGAAAUAUCGGUUUCUGUAUGCAGAUGUUGGUUGCCAAGGGCGAAUUAGUGAUGGUGGAGUGUUUAGAAAUACCGCAUUAUUCGAAAGAUUAGAAAGAAAUGCUCUAAAGAUACCAGCUCCUUCGGUGCUUCCCGGUACUGAUUUCAUCAUGCCGUUUGUAUUUGUAGCGGACAACGCGUUCCCGUUACAAACACACAUCAUGAAGCCAUACCCUGGAGAUCAUCCGGAAGGCAGUAUUAAAAGAAAAUUUAACACGCAACUGUCAAAAGCCCGUAUAGUUGUAGAAAAUGUGUUUGGAAUUAUGUCUGCGGUAUUCCGCGUACUUAGGAAGCCGAUUGCACUCCAACCAGAUCGCGCCUCUAAUGUUGUAAUGUCUUGUAUAUUACUACACAACUUCUUAAGAAACAGUUCAUCUUCAAAUAAUAUAUAUAUACCACCAGGUUUUGCGGACACUAUUACAAAUGGACAAGUAGUUCCAGGUACAUGGAGAAAUGAGCAACAAGAAGAAACUGCGUUGCGCCCUUUUCCAGCGGUAGCUAGACGGAGCGGUCUUUUAUCUACACAGAUCAGGGACCAGUUCGCUCAAUAUUUUUUCAGUCAAUAAAAAUAGUCUAAGCAACAAAAAAAGCAAAACUCCCAUUUUGUUUGUUUUUACAUUGUUUAUAACUUUUGCACUUUUUAUCAGUGCCUUUUCGAAUUUUUUCUUAAACUUUCUACAUAUUUUUCCGAAUCAAAUGACACCUUCAUCGUAAUUUUCGGAGACUAUACUCAGAUUUCACCCAAAAAGCUACAUGUUGCUUAGACUAAAAGUAUGUUUUUAUUUUUGUGAAGUCACACUGUGGAAUGUGAAUAAAUAUAAGAUAUAAUAAAUAGGCGUGUUUCAUUAUUUACCUGUGUAUCGAUAGUCCGGCGACAAUCAUAUAUUGGCUGAAGAAAACUGUUCAUAGCCGAAAAGGCGAACCAAUUUGUUUGAUAUAUGUCGUCGGUGCCAGCGCCUGACCUCAUUGAUUUCUUUAUUUUAUUGAGAUGAGCUCUGUAGUACGACAUCAAAGAAUCUUUUUUCCUCUUCAUUUCUUCUAUUGUGGUAGGCCAACUGAGCCUAUUUUGAAUUCUCGUCCACGCAUCAUGUACCAAAUGCUUCUUUUUGUGGUCUGGGUUACUAGGAUUCCAUAUAAUAUUUUCUGUUUCAUAAAACUGAAUGAACUCCAACACUUUUUCGUUAUUCCACUCCAUCGUACAGUGUACAAAACACCUAGGCCAAAUAUAUUUUAUCUCUGCAAAACACACGCACGUCCGUCUCGCUUCAAAGUCUGGACGACCCUGAAGUAACGCAGGUGUAGCCAGACAUGCGAAUAUUGUCGCGAUAAGUCCCUUUGAUGCGUGCUAGUUUACCGUCAGCGACCCGAUGUUACAUCGUCUUCGCCCGAAUACACAUAGAUUUAAAAUUCAGCGAAUUUUUAAUUGCGAUGCACGAUUCGAGCGAUGUCUGCUGUCUCA